AUGCGUCUUGUCAUCCUACUGCUUCAUGUCGCGCAACAUCCUCACGUCGCUGCACAAACGCAACAAGCAAGCUGUAUCUCCCUCAAUGGAUCCACGACAUGCCCCGCGUUCCAAGAGGAUUCCAUUAGUAGCGACCUUUCUGCGUUUCCAUUUCUUGCGAAUGUCCGUACAGUCCAGGACUUUGACACAACAGUCAAUGACUACCUAGCAGAUGGGUUUCUGCAAUCCAAGAUGAAGGAGCAAUAUGGAUGCAAUCGGUCCACAGGGACAUCAUUCACCUUGCAAGACAAACGGACUCGUAACGCCUUGCAGAUCCGAUACAGCAAGACCAUUUGGUGUGCGUCACUCGUUCAACAAUCCGCUCAAUUGUGUCGUGGUCCGGGUGCCACUGCUCAAACUGCCUGUGCAGAAACAUGUCUUGCGUAUGCGCUCUCAAUUGCGGACAUCCUGCAAAGUCCAGUGUGUGGCAGGUCAAACCUCACUGACAAGAAUCUUGAUUCAUUGCGCCAGGAGUAUGCGUUGUGUACGACACCAGGAGAUGCGUAUGCACAGCAACGUUGUGUGGACGGUGCAACGCAAGAUAAAUCAUGUGGAUUUGAAGACAACAGUGCCGCUUAUUGUCGGUACUGUGCACGGUUGCAGAGACAGUCGAAUGGGACUGGAAGUAGCGUUGAGGGCUGUUGUACGCAGGCCAAUGCAAGCUUCUGCGCACCAUACUUCACAGAUGGCGAUUCAACAGGAAACAUCUCACAGGUGAUUGUCAGUAUAGGGUUGCCGACUGGCGUGCCUUUACCGACACCCACUGCAGUUGUACGUCUUGAGCAUGAUGAUAGACUGAGCGCAGGUGCACUCGCAGGUAUCAUUGUCCCAUCUGUUCUUGCAGUCCUUGCCAUUAUACUGAGCAUCUGGCUGUUUCUGCGAAGAAGACAACGGUUUGCGUCUAGAGCCGAUCGCAUGCGAACAUUGAAUGCACUAGAUUCUCGUGGCAAUGAGAGUGCAAGCGGUGAAAAGAGAAUUGUGAUACGCAGCCCGACCUUACCGCUCCCAACAGCUGGUAGUGCUUUUUCUGCACCAUCAUUUGGAAGUGCCAUGUCACCUGUGGGUCCAAUCUUUCCUCCCAAGACGCCAUCCAAUGAUAGCGAGCAACAUCGACUCAGUGGGUUUUAUGGCGGCGGCUUCAAGGAUAAAGCAGUGCAGGCAGAGCCGGAGGAAGAACUCGCGAGAGAUUCAUCGGAUGACUCACUGGUCUUGCUGGAUCAGUGGUCUGGUGUGCAGCUGAAACCAGGAUCAUUGGUACGCUGUCUUCGGUCAUAUGAGCCGGCGCUGCAUGAUGAACUGCCGUUGCGCGUGAAUGAUCUGAUUCGCAUUGAAGCACUGUAUGCAGAUCGAUGGGCAAAAGGACGACUGAUCCGAAAUGUUGAUGAUCCCGUCUCGGAAGACUUGGAGAAAACGGCUGAUAUCGCGCCAUCCAAAGUCUUUCCUCUUGUGUGCGUUUGUGCAGCUGAAUUUGACGAGAUACGUGACUCUCGACCAAGUUCGUCCGUCUCGAAUUCAACGAGAAGGACAUCUCUGUCGAGCAUCGACAAUACUGGCUUUGAGGCACAUCCAUCAGACGAGGCAUUAGCAUUGGCCAGCACGGUCCGAGACUCUGUUUUGUCAGAGACCGUUGGAGAAGCAUCCUCCAUGGGCGGCAGUACACGCGUUCCUUCAAGUAUCGGUAUUCUAAGCAACAGUGGCCUUCGUCGGUUUCAACUUCGGCCACGUCCAUCUGGUCUGCAGCAAGUAUCAUUGCCAGCGAGAACAAGUUCCUCUCAGCACGGAAGUAUCAGGACAGAACCUUCCUCAGGAGAUCAUUCAUGUUCGGCAGAGAGUAGUCCUGCCAUUUCCACAGCACAGCAGCCAGUGCCUACAGCAGCUACAGGACCUUCCACGAGCGAGAGAGGAGGAGGCUCGACUUCUCGGUUCACGGAGCAGCUGAGCACACAUUCAAGCAAAGAGACAAAGGACUGA